CUAAAUUCAUACAUAACCUCAAAACAUCGAAUUUCGCCAUCAAAAAUAAAAUUAACUGAGGAAUUAAUAAAUGGUACUCUAAAAUGAAUUUUAUAAAAGUUCACAGAACGUUUCCAAGGCUAAAAAAGGUAUUGCUCAGAAGAUCUUCUCAGGCAGUAGCGCUUGAUGACAAUGAGUAUACAGAAACCCCCGAAUAUCCUCCAAUUCUGGAUGUCUCCAAAGAAGGCGUGAAGCUUCGAAAGAGGGAAGCUAAAAAUGAGAAAUUAAAGAAUUUGAAGACUGUCGAGGAAAAGCAGAUAGCUUUAAAUUUGCCCCGUUAUUACGGUUGGGGUUCUGUUAUGUUAACGGAAGACAAGGUGCCAUAUAACGCCCUGCCUAUGGUGAAAAGUUACACAAGAACACACUUUGUAGCUCAAGAUAAACUCCCAGAUUUGUACGCAGAAGUGGCCCCCGCUGCGGACGGUGUAGUAGCGGAGAUAAAGUCAUUAGUGGAGGAUGCCAUUGCUAUAGAACAUGAAGGCUUACAGCGUAAAUUCACACCUAAUGACACUAUAAAAACAGUGGAACAUCAAAAUGAGGAUGCCUUGGCUAAAAACAUAGCCAGACAAGUGAACAGGAUUAUCAGUAAUAAUUUAUCAGAUAAAGUACCACACAUAUUGCCAGCUCAGGUAGAUUAUGAUCCCCGGCAUGAAGCAUUCUGGUUCGUGGGAGGUGUACACCUCUCUAGAAGAGUAAUCCGCAAAAGAGCCGAGUUCCCUUGGCAGAGGGAUAAAUUAUUAGAGCCCAAAAAUAGAACAGUGCAGUAUUUAGGUAAGCCACUGCUAGCGCUCAGAGGCCAUUUACCUCUAAAGCCUUUGAUGCCAUACAGCGAAGCCACAAACCCAGAGUUCCAAGUGCCGAAAUUCACAUAUGUGCCCCAGAAUGUUGGAUAUGUAAUGUCUCUAAGGCAUGCUACCAACAUACCAGGUUAUUGGCCUGGUGACUAUGACGAGUUUGGCUUUCUUUCCAUCCACGGCCGCGGCCAUUUACUCAGCAGAAAACAAUCCUUUGGACCCGAAGACAAUAUAGAGGCUCUUCACUGCCAAGCAAUAAAAGCCAGUUUCGGCUGGCUGGCAGCCCAGGCCAACUAUCAAGGGUUCACAACUUUCAAUGACUUGACCUAUCCUUUAGCAACACAAACAGUGAUCACUAACGGGCAAAUUUGGUCUUUAUACGCUUACCAGCUCAACACUAUACUUAUGCAUAGUGAGCAUAUAGACACAAACCCGAAGCAUAACAUUUGCUUCGGUACACAGCCUAUGAAACUCUUCGACACAAUUGAAGAUGGAAAAGUGAAAGGCCUUAAUGAAAACGUCUUGAAAAUGCUCGUUCAGUUCUAUAUGAACACUCCGGAAGAACGAGAUUAUGACAUGAAGCCUUACUUAGACAAGGAAGAAUCAGUUAUUGCUGAUAUUGAAGAUGACAAUAGAAGAUGUUGGCUCGAAGAGACAUAUAAGCAUUUAGUAUCAAACAGACCCAAGCAUUUAUUACCCCCAGAAACAUAUCUCUGGGAGCGUAUUUACAAAAUACAGCAUAACACUAGGUUCUUUGAGAAAAAGCGAAGGCCAUUCGAGCUCGGUAUUAACCCGUAUAAGAGAAGGCUGAGUGACCAUCUUCCCCCGUAUAUUCCGAAGGUACUUAGGCCGUAUCCUAAGUGCCGAAAGAAGUUUGAGACGACUUACUAUCCUAAAAUAUAAAUAGGGUAAAGGAAGGUAAUGAUUGA